AUGGACAUAUCGGAUAGAUUUCAAGACACCUAUUGGUAUGUCUCCAUAUCAAUUGGUGUUUGGAAAGGCAUGUCAUUUGCGAUUGAGCUUGAGCAUAGAGCACUUUUGGUGUUGAAGAAGCUAAACCUCAAUUGGAGCGAAACUGCAAACUUGAGGUUGGAUCAGAUCAAUGAGAUGGAUGAGUUCCGUCUGAGAGCCUAUGAGAGGUCGGCACUAUAUAAGGAGAGGAUGAAGCUAUAUCAUGACAAGCAUAAUGAGAAAAGAAGCUUCACUCCUGGUGACUUGGUUUUACUCUUCAACUCCAGACUUCGUCUGUUUCCAGGCAAGUUCAGACCCAAAUGGUCUGAACCUUUUAAGGUCACACAGGUGUUUCAAUAUGGUGUUAUUGAGCUGGAAAAUAAUAAAGGUGAGAGGUUCAAAGCUAAUGGCCAGAGAAUCAAGGCAUAUUUGGGUGUUCUUGAGGAUGUGAAGAUUGUAGAGGACUGCAAACUUGAUGAAGUUUGA